AUGGACAAGGCCCUAGGAGAGAUCUACCGAAGUGUCAGUCGCUGCUGGGCGGUGAAGAUCACGUUUCGCUGGUCAGAAAAGUCUUUCAAGCCCUUGUGUUCCCUCAGACCGACCAGUUACGAAAGUCCUUCUUUGGUGAUUGGCAUUGGCAAACACAGUCAAUCUUUCCCACUACAGCACUUGCUAGGCCCGCUUGCUGUUUGUGGCGGCUCAGAUCUAGGUUUCCCUGUCCCUUUUGGCAGCGCUGCCAUGUCGGACGCAAAGAGGCCUAAGACUUUGGAGCGAGACAUUGCUGGACUUCUUUUGGACGAGGAUAAGGUCAAGAAACUUGCCUCCACUGAGUUUGUGGAUGAUGCCUUGGCAUGUGCUAUGGCGCGUGGUAUCGUCAUGUACCCGACACCAAGCAACAAGAGGGAGGCUGCUGUGGUGCCAAUGACACUGCUUCCCUGUCCUUUUGCAGACAAUUACUUUCAGCUGGCGAAGAAGCUCACGCCGGACUUUCAUUUGCUGAUGGACAAGAUAACUUGUGACAUUGGGUGGCUCGAACGCGCUUUGGCAAAAACCGGCGCUAUUGACGAGAUCUGCAGCAAACUACUGGAGAUUUGCCGGAGUGUCUACAAUGCGGAGACUGGAAAGGACCCCAAAGAAGAGAUCCGACUCCAUCUCAUGCGAAAUGACUUCAUGCUGGACACACAGAAGGGCUCUGAGGGGGCAAUGAUUCAAAUUGAACUGAACAUGAUGUCUGCCUCCUUUGCAGGUCAUGGGCAGGACUUGACAGAGGUACAUCGAUACCUCCUGUCGAAGUACUUGCCGGACCAAUCCGGUGACGUGCCGGGAUUGCCUCGAAGUGCAGCCAUGGAAGGUAUGGCAGAAGCUAUCGCUAUGGCACAUGAGGCGUACAGCUCUCGGUGGGAGCCACUUGGCUUACCCCGAGUAGUGCUCUUCAUUGUCCUGGAAGAGGAGAAGAACGAGCUGGACCACAGGAAGCUGGAGCUCGCGGCUUUUCAGCAAGGCAUUUGUUCGCUACGCAGAUCUCUGGCGCAGCUCAGUCGCACCUGCGAGUUGCGGCCCCUGGUGGCGCGAAAGCAGACAAACGUGCGGCAACCCAUGGCCCUGGUUGUCGAUGGCUACGAGGUCACGGUGGCCUACUUCCGCUCGGGCUACUGGCCGCAGCACUUCGAGGGUGCCUGGCUCUGUCGGCAGCAGCUGGAGCGUUCCGAGGCGGCCAAGUGCCCCUCGGCUCCGGCGCAGCUGGCUGGGAUGAAGAAGGUGCAACAACUCCUUUGUGACAGCGCCGAGUUGUCCAGGUUUUUGUCCGAGGAGCAGGCAGCUGCGGUGUCCAGCACGUUCGCCAAGCAGUUUGAUCCGAGCAACACCUCCGUGGAAACCCGUGAGGCGGUGCAGGCUGCCCGCAAAAGCCCUGGAGAUUGGGUCCUCAAGCCGCAGGUGGAAGGUUCUGGAGAGCUGUACUUCGAUGAUGACAUUCCGCGUGUCUUGGAGUCGCGAAGUGAAGAUCAGCUCGCAGAGUUCAUCCUCAUGGAACGAGUGAGGCCUCCAUGUACUCCCUCAGCCAUUUUGCAUGACGGAGCUGUGCUAGUACGUCGUGCUGUUGCCGAGUUGGGGAUUUUUGGUACUUUCGUGGCAGAUGGAGACAAAGUCAGGUGCAACAAGGUGGUUGGGCACCUUCUCCGGUCCAAAGGGCAACAGACGAAUCAGGGUGGUGUCUUCGUUGGGAACGCCACUGUUGAUGUGCCGUUCUUGGUGCCAUCAGAUAUUUACUGGCGCAACGUCACGGCGUGA